UAUAAAACACUUCACAUUAUUCCCAUUUAGAUUGUCAGACACUUCGAAUAUACAUUAUUUACUUCAAACCCAGGGAUUCAGAAAUUGUCACAAGAUAUGAUCCCUGUCAAGCAGCUGAGAGUUGCCAUUGGCUUGUUCCUCCUCCUGGUUUUGAUACAAUUACAAGAAAACACUACAUCCACCUGUUCAGUGAAAGUAGGAUACCCCAGAGCUAAGUUCAACUGUAGUGUUGGAGACAGUCUAACACUGAAUUGUACAGUUCUGUUCUGCCCUCAAGAUCGUCUUGUGACUUACUGGUGUAAGGUACUUAUGAACACCUGUCAGCGACUGAAUAGUUCAAAGAAUCAGCAGCUCGAUUCACAUUCUUCUGAAAACACAGAAAGACUGUUACUUGUGGUUUUCACAGUCCCUUCUGUUACCUUGGCCGACAGUGGCAUAUAUUCCUGUCAUGCUCAACAAAAUGGUGUGGAAUCACAGGGACACUCUAUUAUUGUGAACGUAUUUGAAAAUACAAAAGCUGCCUGCUCUCUCUCGAUACUGCACCAGAGGGCAGUUUUUAAUUACAGUGUUGGAGAUAGUCUAACCCUGAAUUGUACAGUUCAGUUCUGUGUUAAUGAAGUACAACUGCCUGAGGCUCACUGGUGUAAGAUGCAUGGAAAUCUUUGUCAGCCAGUGACUGGAAGGACUCAUUAUCCAAACAUAAGCUAUUCUCUUCAGGACAAGGAAAUGAAGAUGUCAGUGAUACACACUGUUACUCAUGUUGAGCUGAGUACGAGCGGCUUUUACCAGUGUCAAGCAACGCAAGGAGCUGUAACCACAGUGGGCCAGCUGGUUCAUGUAAAUGUGACAGAAAGUUCACCAACACAUUCCGUGUGGAGGUGGUACAACAUCGGCAGAUGGGUCGCAUUUGGUUUGAUGGCCAUGAUGCCUCUCUCAUUGUGUAUCCUGGGGAGUGGCUAAGGACCAAUGUUCAGCUGAUAUCACCACUGAUCCUUGCUGUUCUCUACAAUUCAUCAACCAUUGGUAGCUCCAAAAGGAACAACAUCUGGCCACGACAUAUCCCACAAGCAAAAUCACACUGAAGCAGCACUCUUCAGACAGCCCAGCAUUCAAUAUGACCUUAUUAAUUAAAAUUCACAGAAAGAUUUCACGCUAGCAAGAACACAGGCUAUAGCAAUUAUGCAGAAUCUUAUCUUCUUGUUGAGAAAACAGAUUAUGGACUGGAUUUUACGUGCCCCUGUUAAUACAUCUAAAGGCAAUCAUGCUGAUGGUGGUGCUGGUACUGCUGGUGGUGGGGAUGUCAUAAAAUUCCGCUUGAUGUUUGUCUCUUUUUGUUUCAUAAUGAAUUCCAGAAAUAAAUGUUCUGAGAAAGUGUUGUAAUUUC